UAUGGGUGUCGUGGGUUCUCUCCUCAUCGGAAAACCGAGUGAGAAAACCAACUCUCCCCAAAAAGCUCUACCCCUCUGCGUCAAAUCCGUGUAUGGGUGGUACCCAUAAAUAUGAACCCAAAUUUGCGGCUAAAUCCCAAGAGGCUUCAGUUUCAGGCUUCCUCCGCUCUCCCCUUCUCUCUCACUUCCUCUGUGUGACAUUUGCUUAGUAACGCCACCUCUUUUUCCCCGUCUUUAAGUUUUUUCGCUGACCAUUCAGCCGUUUCUAUCUCGCUCUCUCCCUGUAUCGCUAGAAUUUAUUCGAGCUAUCUUCUGGUUCCACCUGAUCUUCUUCUGGAUCUGUUUUCUUUUCUGAUUUCUGAAUAUUUUGCCCAUUUCCUUCGCUUUCGCAAGUUUUUCGGUAACCCGAUUGGCCGUUUCUUUCGUCGGUUCCUCCAUCGAAAGCCCCUUUUGCGUUUCGGGAUUUCCUGCUUCUUUGGGCAUUCUGAUUAAGAUGUUUAGCGACGACCAUCGAUCCCCAUCUCUGUUUUCAUGCUGCUUCCGCUGCUACGAGGGCUCCGACGAGGAGAAGCCGAGGCUGCUGCGACGAUCGUCGGCGUGGCUGAGGAGCCGGGCUCAUGAGUUGCCGGAGCUCAGGGACAAGUGCAGGAGCCUCUUCUCGAAGGUGGGGAGGGAGGGCAUGUGCAGAACGAGGCACGCGGGGGAUUUUAAGUACGACCCCCUGAGCUACGCCCUCAACUUCGAUGAUGAGUCUCCGGACGAGGAGGCGCGGCUUCACGAUUUCUCCGCGAGGUACGUGCUCGCUCCGGCGCCCGCGAACAGGGGCAGGACCGCUGACGAGUCGUCGGUGGCAGUCGUUUCGAGGGAGAUCACUUGCAGUUGAUGGAAAUCAAUUUUUUCCCCACCCUGGAAGGGCGACUUGAGAUAAUUGCAUGAUAUUUCGGUGUUUCUCUCUUUGAUUCUUGUAUAUAUGGUUUUAUGAUGAUUGCGAUCAAACUCUCUCUUCUCUCUGUCUCCUGAUAUAUCUUCUUUUUGUAUUAUUUCUAGAGCAAUCAUCAGUAUGGCGUAAUUUCCUCUCUCUCACAAACUGGUUGUAUGUAUGUUCUGUCUUGCAAUUCAUGAUAUGCUAUUUGCA